AACAUCUUCAGCUUUCGUGAGACUACAAAAUUCCAACCUCAAAGUUCGGCCUACGUUCAAAAUUAUAUUUCCAAAAUUAUUAUAAAAGAAAAUUUAAGUUUAAAAACGAAAUUCCGAAAUUAAAAUAUAAAAAAUAUUUAUAAACAAUCCCCUGGAAUGUCAUGCUUCGGAGGACACGAGGAACAGCUAUAUCUUGUCGAACUAACCAUAGAAAAAUUGAAACUUACACAGGAAAAGGUGGAGGACAUUAACGAUUGUCUCUUAGUCGUAAAAGUUAAGCUUAUUGAUUUUCCUAUCUUGGAAAUAUCGAGACAAGACUUUUAUUUCAUAAAACCUGGUCAACGUGAUAGUGAUGGCACACUGGAAUUUGCUGUGGGAAAAUGUUGUCUUUUCACCAAACAACCAAGAGAUCUGAUGAGGAUGAUGCAGUCGACACCUAUGAAGAUUGGAAUCUUUUGUGCUGGUGACCGUUUUCCUAUUGCCCAGACAGAGAUUCCCUUAUCUGGUUGCCUUUGCGAUCAGGUAGCAAUGGCAUCAAACGAUCAAGAUCACCUUCCUAAACCCUACAUUUUAAAGGGAGGUUUCCAUCUCCUGGAUCCAGGCGAAACCCCUUCAGGAAUAAUAACUUUAGAUCUGAGACUUCAUUGCUUAGGAAAAUCCUUCACAACUCGUUAUCAAUUACGUCCGAAAAGUUUCUUAUUCAAAAGUGAUCAUGAUGAACAUGAAUAUUGCGUAAAACGAGUUUUGCCACCUGGGAUAUCUGUAGAUCAAAAAGAAUUUGAUAUCAUGAAAUGUGGUGAUGAUUUAUUAACUAAAAUCGAAGAAGAAUGUUUAGAAACAGAAAAACCGGGAGAGAUAAAAGAAAAGGGGAAAGGGGAUAUAAAAAAAAGGAAAGGAAAAAAAAGGAGAAAUAAGAGAUAAAUUCUAACGGAUUAAAUUUGAUUCAAUUUGAGAUUUUGUUUCAUUCAUCGCAUAAGAUACUAAAUCACUCACUUUUUAUAUGCUUUGCAAUUUAAGGGGAAUGAAGUAAGUAGGAAAAUGUGAACUACAUUUUAAUUUCUCGAAGCAAACUUUGUUUUAAAAAAUUUUUAAACGUGUUUUAAAAAAGACCUAAAUAAACCUGAAAAAAUUUUACAAAAAACCGUAGCUGGAAAUAAUUGUCAAAAGUUCACUUUUUAUACAAAAUAAAUCAAAUUAGGUUAGUUACUUCAAAAAUGUAACCAAUUCGUACUUUUUCCCGCCUGUGAGUAUGGAAUUAAAAUAAUUUUGAAAAGUUACAAAUAGAAUUAAAAUGUUACGAAAACUUCACAUAUUUGCGGAACGAAUUGUAAAAAUGGAAAAAUAUUUCGAACUUCUAAUCCUUGAAAAUACUAUUGAGACAUCGAAAAUUCAAGUUUUGAACCAAGCGACACGAAAUUCAAAAUAAAUUCAAUAAAACGACCUGCUGCUUCUAAAAGGACUUACAAAAGUUCCAUUUACUAUUUUUUUUAUAGGUAGCAUCAAUUAUCUUUUCAUCACAAAUAUUUUAUUAAAGAAUCAGAAAUUAAAAUUUUGACCUACUUAUACUAUACGAAAUAAAUUCUAACAACAAUGUUUGUAAAAAAUAAUAUUUUUAACGAUUAAAAUCAUAAUAAUUAAUUAUGGUUAUUAAUAAUAAAAUAUACAAAAAAAUCGUCCAAAUUGAGAUCUAUGAAUCUAAAAAAUUUGCAUAUUUAAUUACAAAGCAGUAUUAAGGACCAAGGGAUGAAAUCAUAUUUUUAAUCAGUAGCUCAAAAAAUCCCUAGAUUAUGUGUUUUAUACAAAUCAAAUGAUUUUCGCGACUAUUGACCAGUUUUUCGGUAAUUAUUAAUUACCACUUUUAAACCAAUACUUUUUU